GCUUUUUCUUCACAACCCAUUAGGGCAUUUUCCUUGGAUUCUCUUCUUAAUUAAGCUCAGUGGUGGUUCAACAAUGGGGGAAGCUGCUGAUUUCACACACUCAAAGAAGCACAGCCUUCUUCUUCAUGAGCAUGAGGAGAAGCACUUCAUGUCCAGUGAUGUUGUUCGCGACAUCAUUAUGGGUGUCUCCGAUGGCCUCACCGUCCCCUUUGCCCUCGCAGCGGGACUUUCCGGUGCCGAUGUUACCUCCAGCAUCAUCCUCAUCGCCGGAAUUGCUGAAGUUGCUGCCGGAGCUAUCUCCAUGGGACUUGGCGGAUAUCUGGCAGCUAAGAGUGAAGCGGAUCAUUACACGACAGAAUUGAAGAGGGAAGAAGAAGAGGUGAUUGCAGCUCCAGACAUAGAGGCUGCUGAGGUGGCAGAUAUAUUGUCACAGUAUGGGGUUGAAGCCCAUGAGUAUGGGCCUGUUGUUGCUGCUCUUAGAAGGAACCCUCAAGCAUGGGUUGAUUUCAUGAUGAAGUUUGAGUUGGGGUUGGAAAAGCCAGACCCAAAGAGGGCAGUAACAAGUGCCUUAACAAUAGCUAUGUCUUACGUAAUGGGAGGGUUGGUGCCCUUAUCGCCUUACAUGCUGUUCCCUUCGCCUGCAGAAGCUGUGAUUGCUUCGGUGGUCGUUACUAUAUUAGCAUUGCUUGUCUUUGGCUUUGCCAAGGGCUAUUUCACUGGCAAUCGACCCAUAAUGAGUGCCCUACAAACUGCAUUGAUAGGAGCCAUUGCGUCCGCCGCUGCUUUCCUUAUUGCAAAGGCAUUUCGUACCUAAUUUAGAAUCAUUUCUCAAUUAAGCUACUACAAUAUGACUGUCACUGCAUCGUGGUUCUCGAAUUGUAGUUGCUUCUAAUAAUUUCUCCCCACCUCAAACUAAUUAGCUGUAUAAAUGCACUUCCCGUGUUUAAUUA